CGCUUCGUCUAUCGGACGGCCACUAUUCUGCAGCAUCAUGGCCGCAACGGUCGUGUAUGAUCCCCCUAUCGACCCAGGCACCGAGAAGCUCGUCAACAACACCAGGCCUGUCUUGCUUGCGACAUUGAAGGUUUUCGAGCGUCAGUUCGCCCACCGUGGCAAGGUCAACGCUGUAUUGGGCGUUCCAGCACAUCCCGACACAGCCAUCGCAACGCAGGAUCAAAGCGAUACAUCAAGUGCAAUCGUGCAAAUCGCUACUUCGACCAAGAAACUCCCGAAGUCGCAACGUCGCGCUCGUCUUCGACGCCUCAGAGAAACCAGCGAUGUGCAAGAGGCCCGACGCUUGACAAGCGAUAUCUUGACUGAAUGGAACGGAUGCGGCCUUCAUGUCUUCGAGGCCAUCAAGAUUCUUGCCGCUUUUCCUAGCGAAACCAUCUCUGCUGUCGAGAUGCUGUUUGCGGCACUUGAGAAGCUCGCCCAACUCUGGGCCAAGGAACAAGAUACCCAGAAAAUUUGGCGUCAGCUCAACCGCGAUAGUGGUCGGGCAGGACGCUACAUCAAGAGCGCCGACCGGACACUCACCCAGAUCAUCUGUCGACACUGGAACCUGAAGUUCAAAGCGAGUCAGGUCGACACCUUCGAUUGGUCGUCCGUCAUGCUUCGUUCCCUCCGCAUCUUCAGCAUGUUUUCCGGUCACUUGGCUGCGCCCACCGACAAAAGCACUUUUGAUGGGCCAAACCAGAUUCUGCUACCCUCUGCUGGCGUGGCUCUGCGCUCCGUGCACGAGGUGCAGUACAGCCGCAUGAUAGUGCUCAAAGUGGCUGGUCAAGAUCUACCCCAAGAGCUGAUCGAUAUGAUCCUUGACCGGGUCAGUUCGCAUUCGGUAGGAUUCAAGGUCGUUGUGGGUAUUGCUGGCAACUAUGGAUCUCAAUUCCGCUGUCGUAUUGGCAAGAGGAUAGCUACGACCGCCGAUCAGACUAUGUAGGACAUCCGAAUCAGUCUGACAUCUGGAAAUGUCGUUCGGACCAUGUGCGCUGGCAAAAGAGCACAUCGGAAUGGCGGAGCCUAUGUUCAUGCUUCACUGAGGUUCUAGCCAACCCC